AUGGCCACUCUUUCGUUCUCGCCGACGGGCUCGAUAUCGUCGCAUACCCUGUCGUCUCAGUCUGUCCAGCCGCCGUCCUCCUCCGACCUCAACUCCGCCGCAGCGCAAGCUCUCGUUACAGCCCUCUCCGCCUCUCCGCACGACUUCCUGCAGCCCACUUCCAACCUGCACAAUGCCACACUCGCACUAGCGAAGCACCUUCUCGAUCCUUUGGCCUCCGGCGUAAGUGAGGCCCAGGUCAAGCGCCAACAGGAAGCGCGCAAGAAGAGGAAGCGCGGCGAAGGCGACGCCGAGUCCGGUCCGGUGUUGCAACUGAAGAAGGUCCAUCUCGAGGGCUUUGGCGUUGAGCAGGUCUGGGAGCAGUCCAAGAGGGUCCUUGACGCCGCCCGAGCCGAGGUUGAACGCGACUUGCCCGAGGUGCUCGCCGAGGCCGAUGGCGCUCUGGCCGGUGGCUUCUCCGGCCAGAAUGGCGUCAAGAUGGUCAGGUUCGGCGAAGACGGCUUCGAAGUCAGCGGAUCGGAUGAGGGUGAGGAGGAGGAGGAGGAGGAAGGGGGGAGCGAAUUGGGCGAGGAGGGCGUGGACUGGGAGUACGACGGCGACGAUGUCUCCGAAGAGGCGGACGAGGACGUCGAGGAGGAGCUUGAAGAAGGAUUCCACACUGAGGACGAUGAUGAGAGAUCGGAUCUUGAUGACAUAGACAUGGGCCGGGACGAUUACGAUGAGGACGGUGCGUCACAGGAUGACGAACCUGCUGCUGAGUACAUCCCAGACCCGCAUGGUCUGAACGAUGGCUUCUUCUCUAUCGAUGACUUCAACCGCCAGGCCGAGUUUCUGGAACAGCAAGAUGCAAGGGGGGAUGAUGACGGCGAGGCAAGUGACGAAGAGGAGGUCAACUGGGCCGAAGAUCCCCUAAACUCGAACUCGCUUGUCGCCAAAGGCCUGCAGAAGGAGGGCGCCGAGGAGGCCGAAAGCGAGGAUGAGGAAGAUGGCCCAACAUUCGGCAACAUGGACCUUAAUGCGCCGGAAGGAGCUAGCGACGACGACAUGGACGAUGUGUCCAUUGCUGAGGGAGAUAUGGACGGUAUCGGCGACAUGGGUAAUGCCAACAAUAUCAUGUACGGCGACUUUUUCGCGCCACCGGCAAAGAAGGCCAGCAAAAACAAGAAGGGUCGACCUCAUCCCCACAACUUCCCUUCCGGGCAUCAGAAGCCUACAUCAGCGCCGAACGAUCAGGACGUGGAAAAGACAAUGGCCGCAGUUCACCGCGACCUGUUCGAGGAGUCGGACGAUGACCAAGAUGCGUCGGAUCUUAGCGACGUCGAUCCUGACGACCCCAAAGCGCGCAAGUCGACCCACGAACGCCGCCAAGCCAAGCUUGCGGAGGAAAUCCGCCGCCUGGAAUCCCAGAACGUGGCAAAGAGAGAGUGGACUCUUUCUGGUGAGGCCAGAGCGGCAGAUAGGCCGCAGAACUCACUGUUGGAGGAGGACCUAGAUUUCGAGCGCGCCGGCAAGCCCGUUCCCGUCAUCACUGCAGAAGUCAGCGAGGACAUCGAGUCUCUGAUCAAGCGUCGCAUCAUCAGCCGCGAGUUUGACGAAGUCAUCAAAAGACGACCCGACGACCUUGCCACCGGUCCCGUUCGCCGCGGAAGAUUUGAACUGGAGGACACCAAGGCGCAAAAGGGUCUCGCAGAGGAGUACGAGGAGGAGCAUCUGCGCAAGACCGAUGCGAAUUACGUGGAUGUCAAGGACGAGAAGCUCAAGAAAGAGCACCGUGAGAUCGCGUCGCUAUGGCGUGACGUCUCCGCCAAGCUCGACGCCCUCAGCAGCUGGCACUACAAGCCCAAGCCCGCAGACGCCAACCUCGAGAUCCGCACCGACGCGGCCGCCAUCACCAUGGAAGACGCCAGGCCCACAGCCGGCGGCGACAUUGGCGGCGCCAACAUGCUCGCGCCGCAGGAACUGUACGCGCCGGGCGAGGAGCGGACAAAGGGUGAAGUGGUUACGAAGGGCGGCAUGCCGAUCGCGAAGGAGGAACUCAGCCGUGAAGACAAGAAGAGCCGGCGGAGGAGGGCCAAGGAGCGCCUGCAGAAGGCUGGUGGGCCGGAGAAGCAGGAGAGCAAACAGACGAAGGAGAGGAAGGCAGUUGUCAGCGACCUCAAGAAGGGUGGCGUCAAGGUCAUCAACAGGAAGGGCGAAGUCACAGAUGUCGAGGGCAAGGCUGUCAAGAAUGGGAGGGCGCAAGGUGGCGCUGGCAAUUUCAAGUUGUAA